AUGGAGUCCAAAGGUGUGUGCGUCCUCGUGCUCAUGCUGAUGCUGGUCCACUGCUCACUUCAGCAGGCUCCACCGAAGAAGAAGCCUGUACGAAAAGACAAUAAUGCCGCCAUUGAGGAUUUACAAAGGCAGAUUAAUGACAUCGUGCAGGACCUCAACCUCCUGAAGGAAGAACAGGCCUUGCAAAGAGUGUGUUUGAAGGGCACAAAGAUCAACGGCAAGUGCGUGUUGGCCAACCCGGCGAAGAAGUCGUACCACACAGCCAGCGAGGACUGCAACGCACUGGGCGGCGUCCUUGCUGCACCAACAUCCGCCGAUGAGAACGACCUGCUGAGAGACUACCUCCGCCUCAGCGUGGGCAGGGAUGAGCAAGUCUGGCUGGGCAUCAACGACAUGGUGACCGAGGGCACUUGGGCGGACCAGAGCGGUGCCAGCAUCCAGUUCAAGAACUGGGACACGUCUGGCAGCCGCGGCCGUCAGCCAGACGGCGGCCAAUCCCAGAACUGCGCCGUGCUCUCGGGGGCCGCCCAAGGGAAAUGGUUUGAUGAGAAAUGCCGAGACGAGAAGGCCUCUGUCUGCCAGUUCAAUGUCGUGUGA